AGAAAAAUAUCAAACACUUUUGCAUUUACACUUUCGAAGACAACGAAACCGCUUCAUAUCAUAUUCUAAGCAUGGCAGACACCUCUAAUAACCUCAACCGCCACCGUCAAACCUUAGCCAAAUCCCACUCCAGCCGUAAGACAAAUAGUCAUCUCGUCCGUAGGAGGGCCGAUAACUCUGCCGUGGAAACCUUCACCGAAGAACGCGGUUACGAUGACUUCAAUAUGGAGGAAGGUGACUCCGAGAUGUGGAACUCUUUUUCCAAUAAUUAUAGAGAGGUGCAGUCGGUGUUGGAUCGAAACAGAUUGUUGAUUCAACAAGUUAACGAGAAUCAUCAGUCGAGAUCGCACGAUAGUAUGGUGCAGAACGUGACCCUAAUUCAGGAGCUGAACGGAAACAUAUCAAAGGUUGCUUCUCUCUAUUCUGAUUUCAAUACCGACUUCACAAACAUGGUUCAUCAGCGGAAGAAUGGCGUUUGAGAGAAGACCAACAACCAGAGUCACUACUGAGGCGGUUUCUCAAAGUUUCUAUCAUUAAUUUAUUUGCAAUAAUAUAUUAACUUCCUUCUCUCCAGCUAAUUGGAUUAAAAAUUCUGGGUUGAAAUAUCGGAAAUAACGGGAUAGUUAGAAUUGUUUUAUAACCUCAUGUUGCUCUGUCAUCAAGAAAUUUCUAAUGAGAUCAAACAUUGACAAAUA